AUAAAUAUGAAGUUAGCGAAUUUAUUGAGGAAAAGGAAAAAGGAGAGGAGAAAUAUGGAAGCUGGAUCAAACCCAAAAUUAGCUUCUUAUCUACAAAUUUCACCUGAUCAAGGGAAACCAGAUCCCAGAAUUUCAAAUGAAACCUCUCAAAGCAGUGAUCUCUCAAUCAUUAAAAGGAGCAAAAAGGAUAAUAUGGUGAGAAUACACAACAAUGUUGAACCCUUCUUCAACAUCGAUGAGGAUGACCACACACCUCAAAGAAAAUCUACUGAAGACAUUAGCCCUCUAAUUUUAGACUACAAAAUUUGUAAGCAGUAUUACUUCCCAGCUACAAAAGAUUGCUUGGACACCCUAAUUUCCCAAAACGGUCAAACAAUUCCCAAAAUAGCAAUCCCAGAGUUCGCUGAGGUAUAUGACAAAGGGGCUAGCUAUGACAUGUCGGAUCUCUUCCAGUCUACAGGAAUGGAAAGGUAUUCUUCUGAAGAAAAGGCACUUUUGCUUCUACAUGCCUACAAGCACAAUUUAUUCGAAACCUCUUUUGAGAAGAGUCUCUAUCAUCGGUUCAUAAUGUACAUCUUCGAAAGACAUAUCUUCAGGCCAAUACAUGAGAAAGUGCUGGUCCCUGUGAUCAAAGCCACUAAGAAAGACACAGAGUCCCUUGUUCACACCUCUAAAAUCAAGAAGGGUCUCUUCAGGCUUAAAAAUAAGGAAAAAUUAGCGAAAGAAUUUGAGGUUGAAGAACUCAAGAAGUAUAUUAAAUAAAAUCAGACGUACUAAAAGACUUUUAAAGAAAGCUAUGAUGCAGUCUAGCAUACAAGGCAAAAGAGUUCAGGACUUCAAGAAUUUGAUCCAAGAAGCAGAGGACUGGGUUACAGUACCAAAGCAUGAAAAAGUGUAUAUAAAAACUUGUGAGAAGAGAAUAAAAGAGGCUGAGAAGCAUUCUAAAGAAUUUGAAUCCCUCGCCACCAGCAUGAGAGUAGUCCAUCAUCUCACUCUUGAAGCUGACAGAAUCGGUAACCCAGUAGUAUACCACACAGAGCCGGAGCCUACCAUAGACGCCCUCAGACAAAUCGGGUUUCACAGUUUAGCUACUCAAUGGUGCCAACUCUCUAAAUAAAAUUCUCAAUCGAAACCUCU